UAUUUUUAAAUUUCUUUUUCUUUCUUUACUAUUCCUCUUAUCCUUUUAUAUUCUUCUCUCUCCCCCUCUCUCGUUCUCACCUCUUGAAAAAGCUUUGAAUAGGAAGGACAGAAAGGCAAAGGAGAGAGAGAGGUAGAGCUUUUGGGUGCUGUAGAAGCAAUGGCCUUUGCUGGAACAACCCAAAAAUGUCAGGCUUGCGACAAGACGGUUUAUCUUGUCGAUAAGCUGACCGCCGAUAACCGGAUCUUCCACAAGGCCUGCUUCCGGUGCCACCACUGCAAAGGAACUCUCAAGCUUGGAAACUACAACUCUUUUGAGGGAGUUCUCUACUGCAGGCCCCACUUCGAUCAGCUCUUCAAGAGAACUGGCAGCCUAGAUAAAAGCUUCGAAGGAACCCCAAAAGUCGUCAAGCCCGAAAAACCUGCCGAAAGUGAGAACGCCUCUGCUAACAAAGUGUCGAAUAUGUUCGCUGGUACGAGAGAGAAGUGCGUUGGAUGUAAAAGGACAGUGUAUCCAAUCGAAAAGGUCACUGUCAAUGGAACUGCAUACCACAAGAGCUGCUUCAAGUGCACCUAUGGAGGGUGUGUGAUCAGCCCAUCCAACUACAUUGCACACGAAGGGAAGCUGUAUUGCAAGCAUCACCACAUCCAACUCUUCAGAGAGAAAGGCAACUACAGCCAGCUUGAGAACGACAAUGAGAAGGACACAGAUGAGACUGUAGCCGCUGCAGAAUCGUAAUCUGUCGGACCCGAUUGUGUUUUGCCAUGCUGUUUUGUUACAGUCUCUUACAUGUUUGGAUUGGGAGUGUUUGAGAUGUUGCCAAGAAAAAAACACUUGUGGGCUGUUGUUGUUUUUCAUCUUUUCCUUGUUUGGGUUCCUUGAGAUUGUUGGAACAUAUUAGCUUAAGAUCAGACAUGGCCCAUUUGAUGAUCA